GCUUUGGAAAAAAUAUGGCAUGCAAGUCCAAGAGUUACCACGUGGCGACAUUUAGCCGGUCCAAUUAAGGAAUCUUUGUAAGAAAUUUAAGUCAUUCCUCAGUACAUUUACUGCGAAAAUAGAAGAGUAACUGGAGUGAGGAAGCUGAGAAGGGUUCUGAAGCGAAAACGAUCUCGCUCUCUUUGUAGUUUGUAAUUCUCACUGAAUCGCCAAAAAAAACCUCUUGGGUUUGUUGAAGUGAUCGGAAAUGGCGAAUGCAUCACUGUACUCACCGAUCAACCCACACUUCUUCCAGCCCCUUGUUCCCGGUUUCCAGAGCCACCUCAAUAUUCCUGUGAAGUUCUUCUCGGAGCACAUAGAGGGUAAACACGAGAACAAGACUCUAAAGUUGAGAUCAGAUGCGUCGGAGAAAUCUUGGGAAGUGAAGAUUGAAGGCAAAAGACUCACCCGAGGCUGGAAAGAGUUCGUCGAGGCACAUAAUCUUCGAAUGGGUGACUUUGUCAUCUUCAGACACGAAGGAGACGUUUUGUUCCAUGUCACUGCAUUUGGACCCAGCUGCUGUGGAAUCCAAUACGCACCGUCUGGUAGCCGCGACGAAGAAGAAGACGAAGUAAAAAUUGAAACAUCUUCAAGUUCUGAGAAGGAAGUUGAGGAGAAUCUGACCGCAGAAUCUAAUCAGUCUUCCUCUGAUCUCAAUUGUUUUCGUCAGUCUGUGACAGCUUCAAACAUAUCAAGAGAUACAGUGGGUUUGCCGGCAGCUUUCGCGAAGCGAAACAGUUUGAACAAAGAAAGUCAAGAUAUUGUUCUGAUGAACGAACAAGGAAGGUCAUGGCCUUCAGAAACAAAGUGCGUGGUGUCUGGUCGGGUUUUCAUAGUUCGAGGUUGGACGAGGUUUUGCACCGCAAAUAAAUUACAAGUUGGAGAUUCUUGCACUUUCACACUGCUCCAAGGCCCGGAAAAGCCUGUGUUUCAGCUCUGCAGCCGCUCAAAGGAGGAGCAAAAGAAGAAGAUUCCGGCCGUGGAAGAAAACACCGGUGAUGAUAAAACCGGAGAAAUCCGGUUUUUGAAGUUAACUCCUACAACUAAGAGCCUUGAGCUCGGUAAACAGCAUCUUCCGGUUAUAUUCACGAGAGCGAACAAACUCAUCAAUCCCGGGAUUAUAGUUCUGGUGGACAAAGACGGAGCCGAGUGGUCGAUGAAGCUUAGUAAAGAGAAGAGUAGUGAAAUGAUGUAUAUUAUGAGUGGUAGUGGUUGGAAAAGUUUCUGUGCAGCGAAUGAUGUAGGCGCUGGGGAGUCUCUAAUUUUGGAGUUAAUCCGGGGAGGCGUAAGCCCUUUGCUUCAGUUUUGCUCGAAUAUGGAGCAACGGCCAUCAUUUAUAGCAGAGUCUCGGGCAUACAAGCGAGCGCGAGUUCAAAAAUGUAGUCACGAGACUAGACCGAAGCUUGAGACAAGGGAGAAGACAUAUGAAACAGGAGAACCCUCUCGUCGCAGCACUAGGGCACCUAACAAAACCAAUGAUAAUCAAGGGAACUUGCAGAACACGGAAACUUGCUCUCUCUCAGAACAGGUUGCUAAGGUGAAACGGUGUGUUGUAGCUACUUUAACUAGUAUCAGACGGUUUCGCGAGGAGCUAGAGAUUAUGGAACAGAAACUAGAAGAUUCAUGGCAGGAAAUCAACAACUUAGUUCCAUGUUUGGAGACAGAGAGCCAGAGAGGAGAAGACAAAGUUGAAUAAAGCAACAUCCUCAAGUUGAUCCGUUGAUGGUUGACGUUCUUUUGUUAGCGCGGACAAGCGGACUUAUAUAUUUGUUUUCCAUAAAAUUCAUCAUCAACUGCAACUAGUUUAAAGUUUAUGGUAAACCACAUUUUUUCUCAUGCAAUUUAAAUAGUAAAUCGUUUAUGGUAGACCAAACAUGGUUUAUCCUCUGUUAACAUUCAAAACCAAAAUAAUUUAGAUAACACAUUUUCGGUUACUUUUAU